UCUGAGCUUUACUUUGAUGUGAGGCAGCUGUUGAGGGGCUAUCAAGUCAACGUGACUCUGGAUCCAGAGACAGCUCAUCGGGAACUAAUCCUGUCUGAGGAUCAGAGACAUGUCACUAAGGGAAGACCCCAGCGUGAUGUGCACAAUUCUCCCAGGAGAUUUACCGCCUACCCCUGUGUCCUGGGCCACGAGGGCUUUGCGUCGGGACGACAUUACUUUGAAGUGUAUGUGGGAGAAGGGAUUCAGUGGGAUUUAGGAGUUUGUAUGGAAAAUGUGCAGAAGGACACUCGCAUGAAGCUGAACCCCCAGUCUGGAUUCUGGGCCAUCAGUUUGAGCAACAAUGGCAGCUACACAGCGCUGACAUAUCCCCCUAUCCCCCUUCCCAUGCGGGAGAAGCCCCUGCUUGUGGGGGUUUUCCUGGACUAUGAGGCAGGAGCUGUCUCCUUUUACAACAUGACCACGGCCUCCCACAUCUUCACCUUUCCCAGGGCCUCCUUCUCCAGGAAGCUGCGGCCCUAUUUCCGGGUUUAUCCCUCUUCUCCUCUGUCCCUGCCUCCCCCAGAUGAGUAAAGAAAGGUGCAGUCUCCUUCUUGGCUUCACCAGCAUCAAUAAAAUAAUAUAAAUCCUGUGUGGCAGAAUUUAGCCUGUUUUCUUCCCGCAAUUUCUUGUACCUAGAACAGUGUGGGGGGACCCUCUAGCAGGUUCCUAAUAAUCUGCAUUGAAUGA